CUGCUGCGGCUAACCAAACAGCUCCUGCUUCUCUGAAGACUUGCAGCAAGGCCUGCUGAGGCUCACGGAAGAUAGCCCCAGAGUCUUAGAAGUCAUCCUUACUUUCCCUCAAGAUGACAAACAGUUCGUUCUUUUGCCCAGUUUAUAAAGAUCUGGAGCCAUUCACAUAUUUUUUUUAUUUAGUUUUCCUUGUUGGAAUUAUUGGAAGUUGUUUUGCAACCUGGGCUUUUAUACAGAAGAAUACGAAUCACAGGUGUGUGAGCAUCUACUUAAUUAAUUUGCUUACAGCUGAUUUCCUGCUUACUCUGGCAUUACCGGUGAAAAUUGUUGUUGACUUGGGUGUGGCACCUUGGAAACUGAAGAUAUUCCACUGCCAAGUAACAGCCUGCCUCAUCUAUAUCAAUAUGUACUUAUCAAUUAUCUUCUUAGCAUUUGUCAGCAUUGAUCGCUGUCUUCAGUUGACACACAGCUGCAAGAUCUACCGAAUACAAGAACCUGGAUUUGCCAAAAUGAUAUCAACGGUUGUGUGGCUAAUGGUCCUUCUUAUAAUGGUGCCAAAUAUGAUGAUUCCCAUCAAAGACAUCAAGGAAAAGUCAAAUGUGGGUUGUAUGGAGUUUAAAAAGGAAUUUGGAAGAAAUUGGCAUUUGCUGACAAAUUUCAUAUGUGUAGCAAUAUUUUUAAAUUUCUCAGCCAUCAUUUUAAUAUCCAAUUGCCUUGUAAUUCGACAGCUCUACAGAAACAAAGAUAAUGAAAAUUAUCCAAAUGUGAAAAAGGCUCUCAUCAACAUACUUUUAGUGACCACGGGCUACAUCAUAUGCUUUGUUCCUUACCACAUUGUCCGAAUCCCAUACACCCUCAGCCAGACAGAAGUCAUAACUGAUUGCUCAACCAGGAUUUCACUCUUCAAAGCCAAAGAGGCUACACUGCUCCUGGCUGUGUCGAACCUGUGCUUUGAUCCUAUCCUGUACUAUCAUCUCUCAAAAGCAUUUCGCUCAAAGGUCACUGAGACUUUUGCCUCACCUAAAGAGACCAAGGCUCAGAAAGAAAACUUAAGAUGUGAAAAUAAUGCAUAAAAGACAGCAUUUUUUGUGCUACCAAUUCUGCCUUACUGGACCGUAAAAUUAAAUACAGCUUGGAAAGAGGGGGAGAAAAAAAAAGUAAGAAAAAAUACAAUUAGCUAGCAAAUAUGGAUAGGUUUACUUAGAAAUCCUGUUUCUAAAUGCAAGUCAAGCUUUAUUGUUAGACUUGUUGCUACUCAUUAACCCAAAUAUUUGUACAAAAAACUAAAGAGUCUCAUUGAACGAAUGUAAAAUCCUGCAAUAUCCUUGAAAUCCAAAAGAGGCCCAUGA